AUGGCAGGAGGAGCAGGAUUCACAGGGAAGGGAGCAGGAGGCUGGGGCGGGCAUUGUGAGAGUGAGGUUCUGAAGGAGGUGGGGCAGAGCCUGGAGGGAUUUGGGGGUGAUGAGGCGUGGACGAGCACAGGACCAACCGGCUCUAUCAUUGGAGCAGAACUUCGGCACCAUGCUCCACUGAUGUCUUCAGGCUCCUUACCUCCCUGCCUGGUGCAGUAUGAAGUCUUGUGCCUGUAUCAGCUCCUGGAGGAGGGGAAGAAGGGGGGGCAGGAGAAGAUAAAGCAGACCCAGGAGGCUUCUGUGGGCCACAAUGUCAUGGGACAAGUACGACUGAGCACUGAAACCCUGGGCAAGUUAACCUCGGAAAUGAGUCUGGUGACCCCAGAAACCAAACCUGGAAAGAGCGUGCGUGGGAGCGUGUUGAUGCCCAAAGGCAAAUCAGAGAGCCAUGGCUCUGGGUCACAGAAGCAGCAUCACCUGCACCAGUCCGAAACGACACAGAUUUCCUCCAGCCCUCUGCCCGUGGGGCCCACUCAUCGCUGGCUCGGUGUCAGUGGCAGUAUUGGAGGUGAGACAGGUCUGAUGAGCUGUGUGCUCCCUGAUGAACUUCUUGUGCAGAUCCUGGCUGAACGGAUACAGCUGAGUGACUGCUUCCGUGGAGUGGUGUUUGAUGGCCUGGACACACUCUUUGCUCGGAACGCAGCUGCCGCCCUGCUCUGCCUGCUGAAAGCCAUCGGCAACCGCGAGCACAUAUACGCUGUCAACAUGGCCCAAGACUACGCAGCCAUGAAGGCCCAGGAGAAGGCCAAAAAGGAGCAAGAAGAAUGCAAACGCAGGGAAGCUCUUGAGAAAGAGAAAGAGCGUCUCCAAAAUAUGGACGAGGAAGAAUAUGCUGCCUUGACGGAAGAGGAGAAACACAUUUUCGAUCGGGAGGUCCAGCAGGCGCUCCAGGAAAGGAAGAAGAGGGAGCUGGAGAGGCUGGCAAAGGAGAUGCAAGAAAAGAAGCUACAGCAGGAGCUUGAGCGACAGAAGGAAGAAGAUGAACUGAAACGGAAGAUCAGAAAACCAAAGCAGGUUCCAGUAAAGGAGGAGCCCCCCCUGAAGAAAUCUCAAACAGCAAGCAAGCAGCCACCCCGUGAGGUUCAGAGAAAUGAAGUCGCAGUUCCAGGACCUCACCCAGUUAUGUCUGACCACUGCCCCCUGCAGGUGCUGGAUGCUGCUAAGCAGGCCACUGUAAACAUGCCUCCAGUAAGCCUCAAAGUAGAUGAAGCCCGUGUGUUCAGUCAGGAGCAUAUAGCCUUGACAACAGUCAAGGAAGAUUCCCUGCCAGGCACUUUGAAUAGGUCUCAUCACCAUCUACCUCCAGUCUUCACAACACCCCCGAAGGCAGGUGCUCCUAUUAUAAUCACCAUCAUCUUAGAGAUGAGGAAACUGAGGCUCAGCGCAUUUCUUCCUUUAAUCAAACCAGAUGUCAAAGAGGCAGUAGAAAGGAAAGUAUCUGCUUGGGAGUCAGUAAUGUCUGAGAAGGAAGACGUAAACAAGAAAAAAAAGAACGUGGCCGAUGCCAACGUGUCUGGGUUUCCUCUUGCCCAAGAACAAGAGGACACCGAAGGGGACAUCCAGAAGGACACUGAAAAGCAAUUGGCCCAGAAGUUUAAAAUCUAUGAGUUGAGUUUAAAAGAUAUCCAGAACAUUCUCAUGUGCUGGGACCGGAAGCAAGGAGUUCUGCUGCUGCACUCAGGGAUGGAGGACGUGUCCCAUGAGCCCGAUGACCAGCGCCAGGUGCCAUCGGGUGGGCGCAGGGGCCGCAAGGAGCGGGAGAGGGAGCGCUUGGAGAAGGAGCGCUUGGAGAGGGAGCGGCUGGAGAGGGAGCGCCUGGAGAGGGAGCGAGUGGAGAGGGAGCGUCUGGAGAGGCUGAGGGCCAUGGAGGAGCGGAGCAACGGGGAUGGAGAAGGCGAUGAGGACCACGAAGGCAAGAAGGAUCUGGGUGUGCCGUUCCUCAACAUCCAGUCUCCAGACUUUGCAGGCUCAAGCUGGAAGCAGGCCCUGGAGAAUGACAGGCUUCCCAAAGGGGAUCAGGCUCAAGAGGAGCAGAACUCCUCACCUAAGGGGAGUAGACAAAAAAUGAAAGAGAAACCAGAGCAAAUCCAUGAGACUCAGAAGGACAAGCGUCGCAUGGCCGUCAACAAGAAGGGCCUCUCUGCGGGAACUGAUGGAACCAUUGCCCCCCUGUCAGACACAGACCAGAGCAACGUCAGUGGGCAGCAGUCCCAGGAGAAAAUCAUCAGGGUGAACCACUUCCGGUGGAUCGUGCCAGCCAAUGGUGAGGUAACGCUGCAAGUGCACUUCUCUUCCAACGAUCUUGGUAACUUUGACCAAACAUUUAACUUUGAGGUCCUUGGAACUCGCCGCCAGUACCAGCUUUACUGUCGGGGUGUCUGCUCUUACCCGUACAUUUGUCAAGACCCAAAAGUGGUCUUCCCUCAGCAGAAGAUGGACAUGAAGAUAAAUGAGGUCAUCUUUAAGAAGUAUAUUAUGAAGAUGGAGAGGUUUUACUUCGGGCCACUGCUUUGUGGAAAAUCAAGAGAUAAGUACAAGUCAUCCCUGUUCCCAGGCAACAUGGAGACACUGACAAUCCUGAACAAUUCCCCGCUGGUGGUGGAGGCAUUCUUCUGUUUUCAGAAUGAUUUCAAAGCAACCACCUACUUCCUGGAGCCCACCAACAUGAUUCUGAAACCCAAUGAGAAGCAGAUGCUAAACGUAUGGGCCUACCCUACUGCAGUUGGUGUCUUUGAAGACAGCAUUGUCUGCUGCAUCAAGGAGAACCCAGAGCCAGCCAUCUUCAGAUUAAGCUGCCAGGGGAUCCGCCCAGAACUAGAGCUGGAACCCAAGCAAUUACAUUUUGACCGGCUCCUGCUGCACAGAAAAGAAUCCAAGGUUGUUCUUCUCCGCAAUGUCACACCCCUCCCCGUGGCUUGGCGGAUCAGCAGCCUGGAGCACCUGGGCGAUGACUUCACUGUAUCCACGAUGCAGGGGACCAUCCCCGCCACGGCUGAGUACAGCCUGCAUGUGCAUUUCCAGCCAUCCAAACCUGUCAACAUCAAGAAGGCUAUUCGGUUGGAGGUUUUAGAUGCAGAGAAUCUUGUUGGUGUUGUCCAGAUUGAAAACAUCCAGAUCUUUGCAGAGUCCUAUGACGUCGCCUUGGACAUCACCUUCCCCAAAGGGGCUGAAGGAGGCCUGGACUUCGGGAUCGUGAGGGUCAUGGAGGAGGUGAAGCAGCCCCUGCAACUGAAGAACCGCGGGAAAUACGAGAUCACAUUCAGGUAA